AUGGGACUGGACUAUUUAUGGAAGGCCCCCGAGGUCAACCCCAUCAAUCUAAAGGCAUGUCGCCGGUUCGAGACCACCCGCAAAAUCCAAGGAUGCCCAGCUAACAAAUUGCAACAGGCUCGCAGUGUUCCGGUGCUGAACCCCUUUAACAAGUAUGGCGCCGCCUUUUUCUUCAGCUGGAUGGGCUUCAUGAUUGCUUUCUGGGCCUGGUACACCUUCCCACCCCUUCUGACCGUCACCAUAAGGGAUGACCUCAACCUCACCCCGGCCCAGGUGGCCAACUCCAACAUCGUCUCCUUGUCGUCUACCCUUUUGAUGCGCCUCCUGGCCGGCCCGGCCUGCGACAAAUUCGGAUCCCGACUCGUCUUCGGUGGCCUGCUUCUUCUCGGCGCUCUCCCGGUCGGCCUUGCCCCCCUGGUCCAGGACGCCACGGGUCUCUACAUCAGCCGCUUCUUCAUCGGUGUCCUCGGCGCCACCUUUGUGCCUUGCCAGGUGUGGUGCACUGGAUUCUUCGACAAGAACAUCGUGGGCACGGCAAAUGCCCUCGCUGGAGGCUGGGGCAAUGCCGGAGGUGGAAUCACCUACUUCGUCAUGCCUGCCGUCUUCGACUCGUUCCGUGACAGGGGGUACAGCCCCGCCGUCGCCUGGCGUCUCACCUUCAUCGUGCCCCUGAUUUGCAUCAUUGUCUGCGGCGUCGGCCUCAUCCUCUGCUGCGAGGACACGCCCAUGGGUAAGUGGAGCGACCGCCAUCUCCACAUCCAGGAGAACCUGCGAAACCAGGGCGUGGAGGACGCCACCCUCGUCAACGUCGUCAAUGUCCCCGGGGGGAUCACCGACCGCCCCGAGCCCUCGCCCGCGCCCGCCUCCGCCGACGAGGAGAGGAACAGCAGCACCAAGUCGCGCAAGGAUGAGUCGCACUUCGACGCCCAGGCUAUCGACCUCUCCCGCGCCGAGAUGCUCGAGACGGCCCAAGGCGAGACGGUGGCGAAGCCCUCGCUCCGCGACUCCCUACGCGUCGCCGUCUCCCCGCAGACCAUUUUCCACGUCCUGACCUACGCCUGCUCCUUCGGCGGCGAGCUGGCCAUCAACGCCAUCCUCUCGUCCUACUACCUCAAGAACUUCCCCCACCUGGGCCAGACCGGCGCCUCCAACUGGGCCGCCAUGUUCGGCUUCCUUAAUUUUGUCACCCGGCCCCUGGGCGGCAUCGUCGGCGACCUGCUGUACAACUACGUCGGCCGCGACCUGUGGUGGAAGAAGGGCUGGAUCGUCCUCUGCGGCGUCGCCACCGGCGUCCUGCUCGUCCUGAUCGGCCAGCUCGACCCGCACCACGAACCCACCAUGUUCGGCCUCAUCUUCCUCAUGGCCGUCUUCCACGAGGCCGGCAACGGCGCCAACUUCGCCCUCGUGCCCCAUGUCCAUCCCGCCGCCAACGGCGUCUUGUCCGGGCUCACCGGCGCCGGCGGCAACCUCGGCGGCGUCGUCUUCGCCAUCAUCUUCCGCUUCAUGGACGGUGGCACCGACUACGCGAAGGGUUUUUGGGUCAUCGGCUGCAUGCAUAUUGGUCUGAACCUGCUCGUGUCUUGGAUUCCGCCGUUGCCCAAGGGCCAGAUUGGUGGACAUUGA